AUGGGAAAAGCAGAGCCGGGAGGAGGCGCGAAGAUGAGCCGAGGCAUGGGGGUCCUCCCCGAGGAGCGAGAAGAGGAAGUGCUAGAGGAGCUGCAGAGCCUAGGGUGGUACCACGAUAAUCUCACCCGCCAUGCAGCAGAGGCUCUUCUUCUUUCCAAUGGAUGUGAUGGAAGCUAUCUCUUAAGGAAGAGUAAUGAAAGGAAUGACUUAUAUUCUCUCUCAGUAAGAGCAAGAGAUUCUGUGAAACAUUUCCAUGUGGAGCACAUGGGGUCUUCAUUCAAGUUUGGCUUUAAUGAAUUUCCCAGCUUGAAGGAGUUAGUCAUGCAUUUUGCAAACCAGCCUUUAAUUGGAAGCGAGACAGGCACCCUAAUUGUACUGAAACAUCCGUAUCCCCGGAAAGUGGAAGAACCUUCUAUUUAUGAGUCUGUCCGAGUUCACACUGCAAUGCAGACAGGAAAAACUGAAAAUGAUCUUGUCCCGAAUGCGCCUUCGCUCGGUACAAAAGAAGGAUACUUGGUAAAACAAGGCAAAAUAGUAAAGAAUUGGAAAAUGAGGUGGUUUACAUUGCAUAGGAAUGAACUUAAAUAUUUCAAAGACCAGAUGUCCACAGAGCCAAUCCGGGCAUUAGACUUAACAGAAUGCUCAGCAGUGCAAUUUGAUUACUCACAGGAACGGGUCAACUGUUUCUGUUUAGUAUUCCCACUAAGGACAUAUUACCUGUGUGCAAAGACUGGCAUUGAAGCUGAUGAGUGGAUUAAGAUACUGCGAUGGAAAUUGUCACAAAUAAGAAAACAACAGGACCAGCGUGAUGCUACCUCUACUCUGUAG